AUGCGACUUUUGAGGGGAGGGUUGGGCCUCCUGCUGCGGCCGGGAAUCCACCGAGGGCCCGAGAGGCCGCUUUACGAGCAAGGCCAGAGCCCCUCGCCCCGGACCCGCGAGUACUUCUACUACGUGGACCACCAGGGACAGCUGUUUCUGGAUGAUGCCAAAGUCAAGAAUUUCAUCACAUGCUUCAAAGAUAAGCAGUUCCUGGUGUUCUUCUUCAAGCAGCUCCAGGUCAAUCGCAGUGGGCGCUACGAAGAGGCCUUCCCCUUCCUCUCGCCUUGCGGACGAGAACACAACUACAUCCGCUGUGAUGACGUCCCCAUCGUCUUCACCCACCUCUUACAAGGAGUAUCCGGUGAGGAGCAUCUGUCCUACUGCGGCGGAGCAGAGAAGCUGGCGGUGCCCUUCCAGCCGGAGAAGCUGGUGAUGCUGCCUGAGAACGGGCGCCUCUACCACCCGGGCCCGGAAAAGGCCGGCGGAGUGGGUCUGGUGAAGUCGGCCCUGGCCUUUGAGCUGAGCCCUUCCUUCGAGUACGAACAGGGGCCCGGGAAGGCGCCCACACACUUCCGCUGGAAGGACAAGUGCCACAUCCUCACCAACGAACUGCUGCCGAAAAUCCGGGGCAAAGAGAAAGAGGGAGGCUGAGAGAACUUGGAACAGGUCAGUUUUCUGCAAAUGCAUUUGGAUAAGAGACAACUUUGGGCCCGUAAUUGCGCCUGGAUAAAUACAAGAGCCUCAAUUGCCUGCAUCCAUGGCAAGCAGAGACACUCCGGGCAACACAUGGGCCAAUAUUUUAUGUGCCUUCUCCUUCAGCCAAUCCAAGAAAAGCCCUGUGAAGUUGCCAUCCAGCACCAGACACUUUCCUGAGAAUAAUCACAAUGAAAGGUACUUGGAAUAAAAUAAUUCUGCUUCUUGUGCCGUGAGCUUGAUGUGAGCUUCAGAGCUUUUCAUCCAGGAGCCCUAGUGUUCGAAAAAUGGUUCGAAAAAUGA